UAUCCCGGCGGGCCGCGCGCGCCGCUGCGUUUGAAUGGCCGAGCGUGGGGCCCGGCCCGGGAGCCGAGGGACGCUCUAGGCUGCGGGGCGCCGUUCGUCAGCGCCCUGGCUGGGCUGAGGCGGCGCGGUACGAUGAGGCGCCGGUAGUUGAAGAGAUUAUGGCAUCUGAAACUCACAAUGUUAAAAAACGGAACUUUUGUAAUAAUAUUGAGGAUCAUUCUACUAAUCUUCCUAGAAAAAGGAUCUCUAAUUUCAUUAAUAAGAACAUGAAGGAGGUUAAGAAAUCUCCAAAACAGUUGGCUGCUUACAUAAAUAGGACAGUUGGACAAGCUGUGAACAGCCCAGAUAUACUACAUAAGGUGAUCUAUCGCAGAAAGAAAGUUCAUCAUCCCUUUCCAAAUCCUUGUUACAGAAAAAAACAGUCCCCUAGAAGUGGGGGCUGUGACAUGGCAAAUAAAGAAAAUGAACUGGCUUGUGCAGGCCACCUGCCUGAAAAAUUACACCAUGAUAGUCGGACAUAUGUGAUUAACUCCAGUGACUCUAGUUCUUCACAGACAGAAAGCCCAUCAUCAAAAUAUAGUGGGUUUUUCUCUGAGGUUUCUCAGGACCAUGAAACAAUGGCCCAAGUUUUGUUCAGCAGGAAUUUGAGAUUGAAUGUAGCUUUAACUUUCUGGAGAAAGAGAAGUAUAAGUGAACUUGUAGCUUAUUUGGUGAGAAUAGAAGACCUUGGAGUUGUGGUAGAUUGCCUUCCUGUGCUCACCAAUAGUUUACAGGAAGAAAAACAGUAUAUCUCACUCGGCUGCUGUGUAGAUUUAUUGCCUCUAGUAAAGUCAUUACUUAAAAGCAAAUUUGAAGAAUAUGUAAUAGUUGGUUUAAACUGGCUUCAAGCAGUAAUAAAAAGGUGGUGGUCAGAACUGUCAUCCAAAACAGAAAUUAUAAAUGAUAGAAAUAUUCAGAUUUUAAAACAACAAUUAAGUAAAUUGUGGGAACAGGAAAACCAUCUAACUUUGGUUCCAGGAUAUACUGGUAAUAUAGCUAAGGAUGUAGAUGCUUAUUUAUUGCAGUUGCAUUGAGAGAUUUCAUCUACUAAAGAACAUUUGGUUAUUUAAAAACAUCCCUGGACUGUAUGAUUUUCAACUCUGAACUGUGGAAGAAAUCAAAACAAUCCUUUUCUUUUAAAAAUCCACAUAAUGAAACCACUAAUGAAAUCCUAACAAUCUACUUCACAUUGAAGUGGAAAAAUAUCCAAAAGGAGCAGCUUCAACUUCAGCUUCAGUCAGGUGAAAAUGCACUAUGAAGAUUGUUCACCUUUGCUGCAUUUGGGGCUUAUGCUUAUUUAGUAACAUUGUUUAAGAACUACUGGGUCUUAAUGCAAUCUUGCAUUAAAAUAUAAUUUAUACUAUGUGAGAAAACAUGACCGAACUUAUACUAGGAACCACAGAGACCAAUCAU